AUGCUUUUAGUUUGUGAGAAUAUUGAGAGCAAACAAUGUGGAGACUGUCCAGCUGACGAAAGCCCCGCUAUGAGAUAUGCAGAACCGUCCAGAAUUGCCCGAGUAAUCUCGGAAUUCCAAGGAAUCAAACAGUCUUUCAUUACCCAUGUCGAACGGAAGAGUCUGGAAACAGCUUUGAUCCUUGUUGCCAUAGCAAUGUCAAUUUUAAUACUCGGAUCGUUUAUUCAGUGGUGGCGGAAGGGACAUCCGGUGUUGACGGACUAUAUAUUAUUACCUCACGAAGAAGAACAAGAAAUUGAAUUGAAACAUCGUAAAAAAUUAAAGGAACUCUCUAACGGAAAAGAUGCUGGCAAGUCAUAACAUUUUAAUUCCUCUACUGUGACAUUUCAGAGCGAAAUAAGAUAAUUAAAUCAAAACAGAUAACAACUUUAUUGUAAUAGAAGUAAUAUUUCCAUGUCUUUAUUGAUGUGAAAUUCCAAGGUGCUGGCAAAUACAAAAUCAUGCUCAAAACGAUAGAUACAAAUUACAGGUGGAAUAACCUUUUUAUGGCGUUUCCUCGCAGGUAAUUAGGAUGAAAUUUGAUUGUGUUAUUUUGCUGAUUUUUCCUUUUAAGAUUUGUCUAUGGCAACAUCCUGUUUAUCAUUCAAGCAGAAAACAGUAGCAAAAGAAUCGCAUAGGAUAGUUCUGUUUUACCUAACUACUGGCUAUUUUUUAUAUGGUUGUGGGGUACCUAAAUCCAGGUAGAAGUUUCAAUGAUAUACAAAAACAUCAUGGUCGAUCUCUUGUAUUCGAUACAGUAAAAUUCUUAUAUGUCUCUAAAUGUAAAUCGUAAGUGGAAACCCAACUUAAAUUUUUCCGAACUUGAUGGAAUCUUAUUCCAAUAUCGAUAAUGAAUCUUUAAUGAAUUUUAUUCCAGUCAGAAUAUCAAGUAAGACUUAUUCGAGUCAAAACUUAUGAUUGAUCAAAAGUCGCAUACUGAUCUAUUUUUAAAAUGCAGAAGUAUAUCUUAUACAAUGACAUUUAAAAGGUUUCCAGUCCCUGUGAGUAAGUUAAAACGCUAUUAUUACAUGAAACAAUAGCUGAAUUGAAGUUGAAAAUAAUCUCCGGGCUAAAGACAUUCUAGACGAAAUACCCUCAAAACAGGAUUUAAUGAAUAAAUGGGUCAAUGAGAUAAGAUCGGUAAAUACAAUACUUAUCUUGAUAGAUCAUUAUUACUUGUUAGAUAUGCAGAUACGUUGAGGCCAUCUCUCUUGAAUUAAUAAAAAAUCUCAACAUAAAAAUCUAAUCCAAUAAUACAAGUUGAUGGAAUAUGCUGUGAAUACAGAGAUACUGUACAUCAAUUGCAGGAUAAUUUUCUAUUAUUCCAUUAUGUUCUGUUGAUCUUUCCCACUUUCUGUGAUUUGUAAAUGAUAUCAAAUAAUAUAUUUUUUGAAUUUGUAAAA